GUCGACAGAUCCAAAAGGAGACGCUGAGCAUGAUGCUCUUCACCGUGGCGACCAGCGCCCUCGUGGCGCCACUUCCGGUGGCGCACGGCCGCGCCGUGGCCUCCACGGCCGUCGUGGGCCACCCGGCGGUCGCCCGCUCUGCGCAGCCUGUCAUGAUCCUGCCGCCGACCGUUCGCGGUGCGGUGGUUGGCGGCGCUGCCGUCGGCCUUGUCAAGACGCUCCUCGACCGCAAGGGUGCCUCGGCGGCCAAGGUUGGCGAUGGCGACGUGACCGAGGCGGAGGUCGUCGCCGCGCAGAAGCUCUGGGCCGACUCGAUCGCCUCCAUCUCCAAGGUGUACGCCGAGGAGGGCGACUUCGUCGCGGCGGCGGGCGAGGCGGCUGGCAAGCUGUACGGCUACGGCCACGGCAAUGUGCUGUUCAAGCCAACCAAGGCGACGGACCACCCGUUCCGCGCCACCGGCGAGGAGGCGAUGUCGUACUUUGUCGGCGCCGAGGCGAUGAAGAAUGACGCCUUCAAGGGCGAGGACGCCGGCUUUGCGAUUAACGGCGGCCGCGGCUGGAAGGACGUCACGUUCCGCAACCACCAGAUCGAGCUCUUCGGCCCGGUGGCGCACGCGAUGGGCGACUACGUCUUCACCGACGCGACCUCGGGCGACAAGGUGCGCGUCGAGUACACCUUCGGCUACAAGCGGUGCGAGGAUGGCAACGUGCGCAUCUGCCUGCACCACUCGUCGGUGCCGUACGUUGCGGCGCCGGCGGCGGUGACGGAGGCGGAGGUGCUGGCGGCGCAGAAGCUCUGGGCGGACUCGAUCGCCUCCAUCUCCAAGGUGUACGCCGAGGAGGGCGACUUCGUCGCGGCGGCGGGCGAGGCGGCGGGCAAGCUGUACGGCUACGGCCACACCGACGUGCUCUUCAAGCCGACCAAGGCGACGGAGCACCCGUUCCGCCCGACGGCGGAGGACGCGAUGUCGUACUUUGUCGGCGCCGAGGCGAUGAAGAACAACAAGUUCAAGGGCGAGGACGCCGGCUUCGCGAUUAACGGCGGCAAGGGCUGGAAGGACGUCACGUUCCGCAACCACCAGAUCGACCUCAACGGCGCGACUGCGCAGGCGAUGGGCGACUACGUCUUCACUGACGCGACCUCGGGCGACAAGGUGCGCGUCGAGUACACCUUCGGCUACAAGCGGUGCGGCGACGGCGACGUGCGCAUCUACCUCCACCACUCGUCGGUGCCGUACGCGGCGUAAGCGCCGCCCACAUCGGCGCGCGCGAGGGGCUGCCUUGCCGGUAGGGCGUGGCCGGUCCCCGCCCCGGUCCCUUUCCAUCUCCGCCUCCCAUGUGCAUGGUCGCGAGCAGAUUCCCACCGCAGAGGACGAUCAGUCGGCGCACAGUCUGUCCUGCCCAAGUCGCUUCUAGGGCGACGCGGGAGGACGGCGUUCCUGCCUUCUGGGGUAUUCAGACUUCUAGCUCGAACUAGCGAAGUAGGCGGUCCCGAGAAAG